CUCCUCUUUAUCUAUAACCCUAUAUAUACCCUUAAAGCUCUCGAUAACAUUUGUCUUCUCUAAUUUCUUCUUUCUCUCGAGUCUUUGUAUUAUUUUUCCCAUUCUGUCAAUUACUCAAUAAAAGUUAUUUCUUUCUUCUAUAAAUAACGCGAUCGGUCUUGUUAGUGUUUAUCUCGUAAACAAGACUGAUCGUUAUUGUUAUAUAUCGUUUGAUCAAAAAUCAUAUAUAUAUUCAUUGAAAAAAAGAAGACUAUAUAGCUAGAUACAUGGCUCCAGUCUCAUUGCCUCCAGGUUUUAGGUUCCAUCCAACAGACGAAGAACUAAUCACCUACUAUCUCAAGAGAAAGAUCAACGGUCGAGAGAUCGAGCUAGAGAUCAUCCCUGAAGUAGACCUCUACAAGUGCGAACCAUGGGACUUGCCAGGGAAGUCAUUGCUUCCGAGCAAAGACCAAGAAUGGUACUUCUUCAGCCCACGGGACAGAAAGUACCCCAAUGGCUCAAGGACGAACCGAGCAACAAAAGGCGGUUAUUGGAAAGCCACGGGCAAAGACCGACGGGUGAGCUGCAGAGACCACGCCAUUGGAACCAAGAAAACAUUAGUUUAUUACCGUGGACGCGCCCCACAUGGUAUUAGAACCGGUUGGGUCAUGCAUGAAUAUCGCCUCGAUGAAACCGAAUGCGAGCCUACUGCAUUCGGCAUGCAGGACGCAUAUGCACUUUGUCGUGUGUUUAAAAAAAUAGUGAUUGAAGCGAAACCAAGGGAUCAACAUCAUCAGCAGCAGCAGCAUCAACCUUACGUCCACACGGGCUCGAAUCUAAGUGGUAACUCGAGUUUUGACGUUUGUUCAGAUCUUGAAAUAAGUUCAAAUACACAUCAAGGUCUGCCUUAUAGUAACUCUACCGAUACCCAACCUCGAUUCGGAAACGCAAACUCAAUCGGUGUUCAUGAUGAUUGGUCGCAGUUCUUGUCACAAGACAUGCCUUCAAGCUUUUCAGGUUAUGGACCAUACAUCACUCAGUCAAAGGUGAACACAGCAUUGGAAUGUGAGAUGUUGCAACAUCAAAUGUCAUUGCCACCAUUGCGAGUAGAAAACUCGCAGGUUCAAGCCAUCGAUUUCUCCAAUAGACUGAUGAACCAAAACAGCGGUCAAAGCGGUUUCGACGACUUUACUUUUGCUCCAAGUAACUCCAGCCAGUUCUAUAACAACAACAACGUCGAUGAUCAUUUGAGAAACAUUGGAAAUCUCGAUGAACAAUUGCUCGAUGCCGGAAAUUCGACAUGGAUGAGAAUGUCUAACGAGAAUUUAAAUCAGAGCUUUAUAGAAGAAGAAGAGAUUUUGCCAAGUUUCGAGCGUAAUGAUCAAGAUCUUGAAUGUUAUGGUGGAUCUCGGACCAAUACAAUCAACAACAUCGAUAUCGAUGAUUUUUUCUCGUUUGAGAACGACGACAACUCAAACACAACCCUAAAUUCGUCAGGAGUCGAGUUGAUUGAAGAAGAAGAAACUAUAGUAGAUCAUAAAAUGCUCAUUUCUACACCGCAAACGACGGAGAUAUUAUAUUACCAAGUCGUACCGUCGCAGAUAUUGAAAAUUCACAUAAGCCCGCGGGUUCAAAGAAGUGAGGAGAGAGCAGCAGUAGUACUGUUAAUGGAAGAAGACAAGAAGGAUUCUUGGUUCCAGAAGGCUGAAAAUGUUGCUAAGAUGAGAUUGAAGCAGAUUAGUUUAGUUGCAAAACGUUACUACAAAUCUUUUACCAUUAUUUUCUGAUUUAUUUUAUUUAUUACUUUUCCUUUAACUUGCAUACUCUAUCGGGAAGAAGAGAGGAAAAUACAUACAAUAUACUUACCUUUACACAUGUAUACGACAUAUACUGAUUUUCAUAUUGACAUUGUUAUAUAUAACUAGG